AAAAAAAUUUUGUUUGUUCUUUUUAAAUUUUUUUCUUCGCAUUUUCCGCUUUCAGUUUUCCUUCUCCCUACUUUUUUAUUUUCUUCGCUCAGGUGGUUGGAAACUCACCCGACACAAAGAGAAAAGUCUUGGAGUGUGUGCACUUUUUUAUUUGAAUACAUUGAUUUUCCCUUUUCUCUUGCAAAACUGUAAAAUAAACACAUACAAAUUAUUUUAUUCUGUUGUGCAAUAUCCUUAUUCAAAUUCACGCGGACAAUAUCAAACACGCAUUCAAUUUUUUAUUUUUCACCUUUUUAUUUUUGACUCUUUCUAAAAAUCCUCAUUUUAUUAUAUUAUUUUCACUAUUGAAUUCAUCCGUAGAACAUGGACAGACACAAUUCAUCGGGUCGGCCUGAAAAUGUGCAGUAUACGGGUGCUGGAGGAUUUGAGUUUGAUCGCCCGGCGCCGACGGGCCCACCCAAGCGUCUGCAACGCAUAUCCCGGGCGCCGCAGUCUCAGCCUCAACAGCAACCUCAACCUCAACAGCCCCAGUAUCAUCAUUAUCAGCAACAACCGCAGCAGCAACAACAACAACACCAGCAGCAGAUGCAGUACCAGCAGCAGCAGAAUCAGAUGCAGCAUCAGAUGCAGCAAGAAAGGACAUCUUACUCGUAUGAGACAGCAUAUCCCCAGACGGCGCACUCCGACAACGGCGAUGUGAGCUCCCGGCCCACAACGGCGCCCCACUAUCAGCGAGCUCACACUUCGGCUGGAAUUGUGCGCACAAACAACCACCAUUACCAUGCCGGCCCGCCGCCCACAGGAUCCCUGCCGCCGCGCCAGAUGCCGAUGCCGAUGCCCCCUGUGCCAGCAAACUACCCCUCAGCCAUGGUUGUUGGCGGCGGCAUGCCCGCAACCAGCCGGAUUAUUCCAAGCCCGGCGCUGAUAAACGCCGUCGCUUCGUCAGGCAUCAACCGCCAGCAACGCGAGCAGGACUUGGCCAACGCGCUUGGUCGCCGCCGGCCUACACAGGGCAGCAUGUCAAGCAAUGGCAGCGCGGACCAUUACCAGAGCAGUCCGGCCAUGGUGCCGUUGCAACCCGAGAUUAUGUUUAACGGUAACACGUGUAUGGAGUACGGCACGAGCAGCGCUACCGGCAUUGCGCAGGGAAGGUAUCGCACGGCAGCCACAGUGCCCACCCAGUCUAUGAGCGAUAUUCGCGUGGGGAGGUCGGCUAGCAACGCGUCAUCGUCUUCAGGAGGAUACCACACCGGGUACGCUGCCUCGCCGUAUGCCACGCAGCGCAGGCCGCUGCAAGCAACCCCCGAGCAAGGCCAGCCAGGCUACCAGACGGCAAACAGCCUGAUGGGAAGCUUUAAUAGAACCAUGCACCAAGCGUACCCUGGGUCGCGCAGCGCGCCCGACCUCAAUAUGAGCGAGAUGAAGGAGGCCAUUGGCUCGGUGGCUCACAACGCAGACCACAUCCCUGUGCCGCAGAUCCCCACGGCGUACUCCAACAAUGCCAUCUUGCAGCAGCACAAUUUGCACCACCAGAGCCAACCUCUAGCGUCUGCUCACGUGGGUCCGCGCAUCUCGACCUUGAGUAUAAACACGGACAUUUCGCACCUUGGCUCGCCGGCGGCUGACUACUCGCAGGGCACCGGCCAGAAUACCGAGACGGCCGCUGACAGCAGUGCCCUAGUCCAGCCAUCGGGUGUCGCCACCGGUAAAGAGUCAUUGGCGGACACCCGGCCGCAGACUGCAAGCAGCAGACUGGCGCAGAGGAUGAACCUGGGCUCAGACACGCCGGCCACCGGCAGUGAGAGCCCGGGCCGUCCUGCGGUUGCUCCGGUAAACACCGAACUUGCUGCGCUGCUGGAGAACGUCAAGCCCGUAUACCCAGCGAUGCUGUCCUUGGUGGCAAAGUCAUUCUAUGAGUUAAUGAGCCAGGUGUUGCAGACGCGCGUCCUCAACGGGCUCGAGCACCAGGACUGCUUCACAGGCCGUGACGCCGUGGACACCAUCUACGCAAUCAUCAGGGCCGCCGACCGCAAUCUGGCCAUCGUGGUCGGGCGCGCGCUCGAGCAGCAGAAGCUCUUCCACGACGUGUUCUACGACAAGAGGUUGCGCGACGAUGCCUAUGAGCUGUAUGUGUUUGACGAUGACAUUGUGCGCACGCUGGUGCAGCCGGACGGGUCGACCAACAUGUCGGUCAGCGCGUCUACCGGCGACGACGACGACGACGAGUAUGACGAUCCACUGACGCUCAGCCAAGCGCCUGCGCCGGUGUCCGCUAUCAAUGGCGUGUUUGUGAUGCUGACUGACUGCUACUCGCCCACGUGCUCGAGCAGCCAGCCGUGCUACAGCGUGACGUGUCCGCGGCAGCGGUCCCAGCAGGACCACCUGCGCAAAACGGCCAAGAACAACGUGGCGACCGAGAUGAAGCAGGAGAAGCUGUGGUCCAUGUCGGUGCCAACGGAGAUCGUUAAGUCGGUUAGCCGACAGGAGCUGGACAAGCAGGAGCGCAUGUACGAGGUGUUCUACGGCGAGAAGGACUACGUGCGCGACCUGUGCAUUCUACGCGAUCUGUACAUGAAGCCCCUUCACAACAGUGACAUUGUGAACGAGAACGACCGCAAAAAGUUUAUCACCAAGGUGUUCAAGAACGCGCUGGCCAUUUUGGCCGAGAACAUGGAGCUGCAGCGCGCGCUGGAGAAGCGGCAAAAGGAGAACUUUAUCUGCUACCAGGUCGGCGACGUCUUCUUGACCUUCGUCGAGCGACUCGAGGCAUAUCUCGAGUACUGCGCCAACCAGCCCUACAGCAUGCACUUUCUGGACGCUGAGAAGCGCAGCAACAGCAAGCUCGUGGAUUUUUUGGACAAGACUGACCGCAGACCAGAGUGCCGCAAGCUCGGCGUGCAGCACUUUUUAACUCGCCCGCCCACCCGCUUGGCGCGCUACCCGCUGGUGCUCAAGGCCGUGCUCAAGUAUACGCCGGCGGGCCACCCCGACCGCGAAACCAUCCCCUAUGUUGUCGAGCGCAUCGAGGCUAUGCUCAACCGCAUCAACACCGAGACAGGAAAGGCGCAGAACCGCUUGCGCCUGUACAAGGUGGACGAGAAGCUCAUGUGCACGGUGUCCGACCGCAACGACCUGUGUUUGAUCGACGAGCAGCGCAAGCUCGUGCGCGACAGCCAACUGCGCAAGCGCGGCGGCAACGAUAGCUCGGUGAUCCAGGUUUUGCUCCUCGACCAUAUGCUUCUGAUGUGCAAGGUCAAGACAGACUCGCGCACGGGCGAGGAGAAGUACACAAUAUAUAAGCACCCGAUUCCGCUGCAGCUCCUGACCAUCUGUUAUCCGGAUGAUCCGUCCUCGAUGCGCCCGCGCAUGGCUGCCCGCCGAGACUCUAGUGCGAAUCAGCCGCAAGGCGGCGUGGGCAGCCUCGCAACCACUCUAGGCACUGUGUCGACGGCCGCUGGCAACAAGCUGGCCGCUGCUACUGCCACGGCUGGCGGCACAGUGUCGGCUGGCGGCAAUGGCUCGGGUGCUGCCGCCCACCCGCGGCCGACGAUCAUCUCAAUCGACCACAGCGACUCUCAGAGGGACAAGUACACGCACGGACUGCAGAUCACGCACCUCGGGCGGCGCGGCUUCACGGUGACACUGUACGCGAACAAGCUGGCUGACCGGCAGCAAUGGCACCAGUGCAUUGAGCAGCAGCAGCUGGAGCUCAUGGAGCGGAACCGGAAGUUCGAGCUUGUGCCCGUGGCCUGCCAGUUCCCGGCGGGAAUCCGCGUCAAUACCGCCGAUGCGUACGACCAGGGCCGCUGCGUGGUCAUCGGGACUGACCGUGGGCUGUACGUGGGGGUUGUGGGCAAACCGCGGUCGUUCCAGCUGCUGAGCCACCUGCGCCACGACCGCGUGUUCCAGAUCGAGAUCCACGAGCGGCUGAAUGUCCUGGCGAUGAUCGCGGACAAGGACCGCAACCUGUACGUGUACCCGCUUGACCAACUGAUGGCGUCGACGCCGAACAGCAAGCACGGUGCCAAGAUCAAGGCGCUACACAGCCACGUGUCCUUUUUCCGCUUCGGGCAAUAUCAGGACUUGGACAUCCUGUGCUCGGUCAAGUCGACGACGCUUAGCAACCAGACGAUCAUUCACGUGUACAAGCCUGUGAUGAGUAACCAGAAGAGCCGGUCGCUCGGGCGGUUCCUGUCCCUCGGCGGCGAGUCGACGGCGGACUCGUGGAAGUGCAUCAAGGAGUGCUAUAUUGCGGCCGAGUCCACGUCACUGCACUUUUUGCGCUCGCGGUUGUGUGUCGGGUGCAGCCGCGGCUUUGAGAUCGUCGACCUGGCUACGAUGAACACGCAGUCCUUGCUCGACCCGGCUGACACAUCCCUUGGGUUUAUCAACAGGCGUGACACGUCGCAUCCGAUCGCCCUGUUCCGCGUGCAUGACGGACAGUUUCUGCUGUGCUACGACGAGUUUGCAUUUUAUGUUAAUCGCAAUGGCCAGCGCGCACAGUCAAAUUGGAGGAUCAACUGGGUUGGUACCCCGACGUCGUUCAAGUUUGAGUACCCGUACAUUCUUGCGUUUGACAGCCAGUUCAUCGAGGUGUACCAUGUGGAGACUGGGAUUAUGGUGCAGGUUAUUAUUACCGGAUACUGCACGUCGUUGUCACCGAAUAAGCCGAAUGUCAACUUGUGCGUGACGUCGCCGUCACCCACGCAGUCGCAGGAGGUUCUGCGCAUCCAGCACCUUUUGGCCAAGGAUCCGCUGUAAAUUUUUUUAAAGUUUUUGUUAUAUAUUUUCAAAUAUUUUAAUAAUUUGCUAUUCCCAC